UAGCAACAAAUCCGAUAAAAUAUUUAGCCGUGUGUGGAAGUGGCGAUAAAAGCAGAAUAGUCUACAUUAAGUGCUGCAGAAGGAUUUUACCACAUUUUUAAAUCGCUGCUUCUUCUUCUUAAUAAUUACGUGUAGCCAUUUUACAAGGAGUUUAACGUGACUGAUCAAUGUUUAUCUGUCCUUAACAUGGACUGUCGAAUACUGUCUAUUCAGAGCCACGUGGUUAGAGGAUACGUAGGAAACAAGGCAGCUACUUUUCCUUUGCAGGUGCUUGGCUUCGAAGUGGACUCUAUAAACUCAGUACAAUUCUCCAAUCACACAGGAUACGAACACUGGAAAGGACAAGUGCUGACUGCUGAUGAGCUCCACGUCCUUUACGAAGGAAUUAAACUUAACAAAGUCAACCAUUAUGACUAUGUGCUUACAGGUUACUCCAGAGAUGUGUCUUUCCUGGAGAAGGUGGUGGACAUGGUGCAGGAGCUGAAGCGUGCCAACCCCAGGCUUGUAUAUGUAUGUGAUCCAGUUAUGGGAGAUAAUGGAUCAAUGUACGUUCCAGAAGCCCUGCUGCCUGUCUACAGGGAAAAGGUGGUGCCACUGUCUGACAUCAUAACGCCUAACCAUUUUGAGGCACAGCUUCUUACGGGAAGGAAGAUCAGUACAGAAAAAGAUGCAGUAGAGGCAAUGGAUCUGCUGCAUGCUAUGGGACCCGACACUGUUGUCAUCACCAGCUCAGACCUGCUCUCUCCUCUGGGGGAUCAGUAUUUAGUGGCCCUUGGGAGCCAGAACACAGUGAACGCUGAUGGCAGUAAAGAGAAGCAGAGGAUCAGAAUGGACAUUCCCAAACUGGAUGCUGUGUUUGUAGGUACAGGGGACCUAUUUACUGCGCUGCUGUUAGCCUGGACCCACCACCACCCUAAAGACCUCAAAGCAGCCUGUGAGAAAACUGUUUCAGUGAUGCAGCAUGUCAUUAAGAGGACUAUUGCCUAUGCCAAGGACGUGGCUGGUCCUGACCGGAGACCGAGCCCUGCACAGCUGGAGCUGAGAAUGGUGCAGAGUAAAGCAGACAUUGAGGAUCCUGCCAUAACUGUUAAUGCCAUUGUGCUCUAGAGUUUCACUUUAACUGUCAUCCAGUGUGUAGCUGAGCCCUGACACACAAAAGCUCUCUCAAGGAGCUCAUCUUACUUCAGAUAACACGAAUACAUUAUUAUGUAAAACAGGAAAAACUUGUGUGAAUGAAUGAGACUCAAACACAGGUAAAAUUACAGGUCAUCCAAAUACUAACCAAAUACUAACUAAAGCCAUGGUGGUUUUUGUGUUUGACUUCAGUACUGUAUGCAAAUAACGCAGAGUUUUUAAUAUUUUAAUAUAAUAAUGUGAGCGAAAGGAAGUCCUUAUAAGGAAUUACUGUAACCAGUCGGUCAGAUGUUUGCUGCUACAAUGGAGUUUUUUUUAACGGAUUAAAAUAUAUUAAGGAUAGUUCCUCAUUUUCAACAGAUGGCAGUUAAACCGUUACAGUAGACACCACAUCCUUAUCGGAGUCUUUCAUGAGUCUGCCACUUACAGUAAACUCAUUGUUCUUCUGUCAUUCAAAUCCUCUUGUUUUUUAACUUCUGUAUUUCACUUCUGUCAUCAUGAUUAGUGUAAUGUUUCUCUAAAAAUGUUAGUCUCCUUAUUAGGGAAAUAUCACUUAAGGGACUUAUCUAAUGAUUCAGUAGCAAAAGUGGACAAAGAAAUUGUUAUAAAAUAAAAAAAUAUAUUUUUUUUAAUGCGGACCAGCAGUCAGAGAGCCAGUACUGUCUUGCAUGUUGAGUGUUGCAUAUCUUGUGAAAGUUUUCUUUUAACACAGAAUUUCAUUUCUGCUGUUCUUGCCUCAUUGUGGCAAAUGUUGUUCAGUUCAGUUCAGUAUCUAGAAAUGUUGCAUAAUCCACUUUAGCAAUUAUCUUUACUUUUUGUUAUGCUUCUAAUGAAUCUAUGCAUUUGAUCACAUUUUGUAGUCAAUGUAAAUGUCGCUGUAUAUCGGGACCUGAAAAUGCUGCAGAUUAUUAACAUAGAAGAAUUAAAUGAUCACGUGUCUUUGUACGAGUAACUGCUGAAUUUUUAAUAUAGCGGUAAAAAUGAACACAUUAACUCACUUUUACUUAUCAACUACAUGAACUGUCUGCCUUUACUUUGAUUAUCUGAUGAUCCUCCAACUGACUAUGAUGAUUAUCAAAUAAAGUUAAUGUUCUUGAGAAUGUU